GAGGUGGGUGGGGAAAGGGGUGGAGCUUGGACCAUUGACUCAAGGUUUAAGUGGUAGCCCAGGGGUAUAUAAAAGCUUAGUGCAACCAAGGGAAAGCAGCCAGAAGUCCAGGAUUGGCACACAGGCAGAGGCUCAUAGACAGCAGCAGCUGCAAUCUCUAAACAAAGACUAAAAUGCCUAGAGCAGGAGAGAGUGGGACCAGGUUGCUGCGUCUGUUCUUGUUCCACUUGCUAGGAACUUGGCUUCUACUGAGCCAACUUCCAAGAGAGAUCCAAGGCCAGAAAGGGGAAAUUUUUAUUACAUGCAACCGCGAAUUCGUCCGUUUCUUCAUCCAUGUCUGUGGCACUCACGUGUGGGCAGAGGAAAUGAAGCAGCGUAAACCAAUAUCUGAACCAUCUGCAGAAAUCAUGACAUUUUCCACCACCAGAAAUGAAGAAAACUUAAACACAGUAACAGAAUUGAUUCCUACUUUGCCACAGAAACAGAAGAGAACAUUGGAUGAGAGGCAUCCAGUAUUGAAAGAGAUACUACAACAGGAUGCAUCAGAGGAUACAAAUCUUAAUUUUGAAGAACUCAAGAAAAACAGGUUCCAUGCUACUGGAGCAGGAAAAAAAAAUCUUUCAGAAUUAAAAAAUGUACAGUUAAUUAAACAUUUACUUAAAAAGAGGCAAGCCCCUUACCUACUAUCUACCAAGUGUUGUUCUGUAGGCUGUACCAAGAGAGAGGUGGCCCAUUUCUGCUGAGAUGAAGCUAAUUGUGUAUUUCAUCCUAUGUGCACAUGUAUUCUCAAUGGCAUAUUCACAGAUGCCUUCGUCACCCCACUGAUCAUUAGAAUAUGAAAAAUCAUAAUUAGUGUUUGGCUUUUUAAUUUUGUGAGAAGGUAUUCCUACCAUUAUUGUAGUUUCUGCUAAUAAACACUUUAAUG